GCCAGGGACUGAGCGAGCGAGUGACGACGUGCUAGCGAGUUAGCAGGAUAGCUAUCUCUACCUAGUGUGUGCGCGGUUGAGGUGAUUUAUGUAUGAUAUAGAGUAGUACUGCUGAAUAUAAUCAAUUUUAUUUCACGUUAGCAACCCAAGUAAUUUAACUAUGCCCAGCAAAAAGAAGAAAUACAACGCCAGAUUCCCUCCGGCGAGGAUUAAGAAGAUUAUGCAGACAGACGAAGAAAUAGGCAAAGUGGCUGCAGCAGUACCUGUUAUCAUUUCGAGAGCCCUGGAGCUUUUUUUGGAAUCAUUGCUUACAAAGGCCUGUCAAGUCACCCAGUCUAGGAAUGCAAAGACAAUGACAACAUCGCAUCUAAAGCAGUGUAUCGAGCUAGAGCAACAGUUUGAUUUCCUGAAGGACUUGGUGGCAACGGUGCCAGACAUGCAGGGCGAAGGGGAGGAGAACCACACUGAGGGGGGAGGAGAAAAAGUCCCACGCAGGGGUCGAAAACCAGGGUCUGGUCGCAAGAAUGGGGGAGCUGGCUCCAAAGGCAAGGACAAGAAGUUGUCUGGCACAGAGUCAGAGCAAGAGGAUGACUCUGAAGACAGCGAGACGGAUGGGGAUGAGGAGGACGGCUCUCAGUCAAGCACAAAUCUGCAGGCUGCAUCCAGGUUCCACAGCUCAAACGCACCCCCCCAGUACAUGCCCAUAGGCGGCAUGGUCUCGAUGGGCAGCAUGGCUCCCGCACAGCCCCAGGGCGGCAUGGCCUUUGCCCCCCACCCUUCCAUGAUCAGCGUCGCGCCUCCUCCCCCAGCCCCUGAGCCGCACAAAAACGAGGACGACGACGACGAAGACUAUGACUCUUAGCUCCCUCCUCCUCCACCACUCACACACACACACACACACACACACACACACUCUUUCAACAUUAUUUUCGAUUUCUUAAGUUGUUCUUGAAGCGGCCGCUCGACGCCGAGGAGGGAAAGACUCUUCAUCGCAGCCCGCUGACAGCAUCACCCUCCGCAGCUGGCUGUUACAGACACCGCUGCAGGAGACAGGAAUCUGGUUGUAUAUUAUGUGUUUUAAUUUUCAUUUUUUUUAAAAAAAGGUUUUAUUUUAUUGUAGAGGAGAAUCCAAUGAGGAUGUUUUUUAACAAGUCAGUCGUUAUUUUUUGACUAUUACAAAACAGCAGUCGUCACUGUUUUUUUUCUUUUUGCCAUGAGCCCCCGCAGACAGGAUAGGUGUGGUUUGUGUUGCCUUGUAGCUUUUUCUUUUGGCACUUUCCUUUUUCCUCAAUCCUCUGUAGUAGACAUUGUGAAGUGAGCAAAUCAGUCACUCAAAGUCAGCUGGAAAAAAUAAACCAUAGGUGGUAGUUAAAGCCUUAUUAUAGCCUCGGAUGCAAAUGCAGCUAGCUGAGAUGAGUUCAAGGCAGCAGUUUGUGAAGUAUUUGGAAGGUGAUCAGCACUUUUUGAAGAGAAAGGUCACUGUCUCGCCCAUGAAGUGUUACGUUACUGUUAUCGAUUGGCUAUAAAAUACUGCUGUUGAGCCCUACUUCCCGGCUUUGUCGCAACUCGCUAGUCAGUCCAAUUGUCAGGCUGUAACAUAAACAAGGAAGCAGGUGUAUUUUUACUAUAGGUUAGCUAACCACAGCUGUUUUUUUUUUUUUUUUUU